AUGCCAUCUGAUGCCAGCAGAGUUAUCCCUAGUAGGGAUAAGGCCAGGAGUUUUAGAGAGAAGAAGAAAGACAAUUUAGCCAUACGAAUGCACGCACCUCACAAAAACUGGCCAGCAGCCUGUGUCUUCAAUAGUGGGUCCAGUUACCCUCAUGGUAUUCAGUCCCCUGAGCUGGAAGAAAGGGAUGGCGAACAGAAUGAUCCCCUAAUAAUCCAGGAAAUAGCAGUGAAGGACCUGAUAGGCCAGUUGGACACCCACAAGUCUAUGGGGCUGGAUGAGAUCCACCCGAGAGUGCUGAGGAGGCUGGUGGGGGAACUUGCCAAACCUCUGUCCAGCAUUUACCAGCAGUCCUGGUUGAUGGGGGAGGUUCCAGAUGACUGGAGACUUGCUGAUGGGACGCCCAUCUAGAGGGGCAGGAAGGAGGAUCCAGGGAACUACAGGCCUGUCAGCCUGACCUCGGUGCCAGGGAUGAUUAUGGAACAGUUCAUCUUGGGGGAGAUCACGAGGCAAGUGUGGGACAACAGGGGGAUUGGAUCCAGCCAACACGGGUUUAUGAAGGGCAAGUCCUGUUUGACUAACCUGAUGUCCUUCUAUGAUCAGGUGACCCAUCUAGUGGAUGAGGGAAAGGCUGUGGGUGUUGUCUACCUGGACUUCAGUGAGGCCUUUGACACCAUCUCCCAUGGCAUUCUGCUGGAGAAGCUGGCGGCUCAUGGCCUAGACAGGAGGACUCUUGGCUGGGUUAAAAACUGGCUGGAUGGCCGAGCCCAGGGAGUUGUGGUGAAUGGAGUUAAAUCCAGCUGGCAUCCAGUCAUAAGUGGUGUCCCUCAGGUCUCAGUUUUGGGACCAGUCUUCUUUAAUAUUUUUAUGAAUGACCUAGAUGAGGGGAUUAAAUGCACCCUCAGUAAAUUUAUAGAUGACACAAAAUUAAGUGGGAGUGUGGAUCUGCGGGAGGGUAGGAAGGUUCUGCAGAGGGGUCUGGACAGGCUGGAGCAAUGGGCUGGGGUCAGUUGUAUGAGGUUUAACAAGGCCCAGUGCUGGGUCUUUCACUUCAGUCAUAACAACCCCAG